AUGGAUCAUCUCACGCGUGCAUCUCGAGGCGGAGAUGCGGCGGCCGUGCGGAGAAUCCUCGACGAGGACGCGAGAAGCGAAAUUCCUCUCAUAGCGGCGUGCGCGAACGGGUAUUACGACGUGGUCAGCUUGCUGCUCUCCCGAGGUUUCAACCCGAACCGGACGAACGAGGCCGGCGCGACACCCCUUUUCGCGGCCCUAUAUCCCUUUGUCUGUCUCACAGACACUGCGGGAUCGCCGCCCUUACUAUCUCCGGGCAGGGUGAUAACGCAGUGCUCUACUCGGGGGAUGCCCAGGCCGGUCGGUGUCCUGGGCGAGCCUGGCCUCGUGCAGGUGCCGUGCGGGGAGGGCGCCGCGCCAUGGCACGACCGGCGCAGAGGUGGCCGCCACUACACGCUCCGCAACGUGCCCGAGGCGCUAACGCGCGGUCUGCUGUGCCAGGGGCCGCACCGGCUCAGGAAUGUGGAGGGCAAACCGGCACUCACGAUCAGCAUGUGGACCGGAGGCACGGCUUACGCGUGCUUCACCGACGGUCGCUGCGGCGGACUCGUUGCGGCCUUUCAGGAGGACGGGUGGGCCGACGGUCCGGGCGGCGGGCUCGCGUGGGGGCGGCCCGGCCACGGUACGAUGGGCACGAUGAGCCACGUCCUGUCGAGGCGAAUCUCGCCCGGCGAGACGUACGCUUCGCCACCAAACUCGCACAACGACACGGUCAUGGUCGUGGUGCUUGUCCCGGGUUCCGGCCCGGAGGUCCCGGACCCUCGAAUUCGCGUCGUCCGGGCUCUACUCAGCGCCGGCGCGGACGUCUACGGGGCGGUCCAGCGCUUCGGCACGCCACUCCGUAUCGUGUGUCAGACCCCCUCGCCGCCGCUCAAGCUCCUCGUGCGGAGGUUCCUGGCCCACCGCAUGCGCGCGACCGCGCGUCAUUGGUGGUUACCCUGGCCGCUGGCUUGUCGCGUCGCCGGCUUCCUCGUGUAA